AGGCCAAAACUUAUUUAUGGACCCUGGGUUGGCAAGCCAGCAUUCUUAUAUGACCUUCCAAAGAAGAAUGAAUGGGAAGAAGAGGAAGUGCCUCCGGAUGCAGAGAAAGGUGAAGGAAUGAGCAUAAAUUUUAAGCAUGAAAAAUUAGGUUUGGGUGAACAUCCAGAAAUUCUUACCAAGGAUCAUGAAUACGACGAUAAAGAUGAUGAAUUCGAGUUUGACGAAUAUCUGGAUAUAGAUUUUAAUGAUGCAACUAAGCUAAGGUCGGAGCAUAGGCCUGACACAUUCUUGGGUCCCAUGCACACCCUUAUGUCGGCAUAUCCAGUUGUCGAUCGCUUAAUUAAAGAGGCAGUUGGAUUGUCCUAUCAGUUGGAACCUACUUCUGACGAAAAUAUUCAAACUCCUAGGACUCGACCCACACUUGUACCAGACAGGGCUGCUGAAACAUCAGGACCUCUCAAAACGUGA